AGUGCUGUGUAAGUGUUGUGUUGUGUUGUUCCCUCUUCGAUUGGGUUUGGGGAAAAAGGAAAAGACGGUUGAAUUCGAAAAUGGUGGUUAGGAUUCGGUUAUCUCGGUUCGGUUGCAAGAACAAGCCAUUCUAUCGAGUGAUGGCUGCUGAUAGCAGAUCCCCAAGAGAUGGCAAGCACCUCGAAGUUCUUGGUUACUACAAUCCCUUACCAGGUCAAGAUGGUGAGAAAAGAAUGGGUCUCAGCUUUGAUAGAGUGAAGUAUUGGCUUUCUGUUGGGGCUCAACCUUCAGAGCCUGUAGAGCGUCUUCUGUUCCGAGCAGGGUUACUGCCCCCACCACCAAUGGUGGCAAUGGGACGCAAAGGUGGACCGCGUGAUAUGCGCCCCGUCGAUGCUUUAACUGGACGCAUCCUGAAUCAAGAGAAGCCAGCUAAUGCCGACAACAAUGAAGAUGAACGUGACAAUCCUGCACCUGAAAACCCUUAAAAGUGCUGAUUUUAGGAUGCAUUUUUUUCCUCAUUUCAUUGAACGUUUUAUUCCAGAUAUAUCUUUUAAAUAGGCUCACAUUCAGAAGAGGAUAACCGUCAUGUGUUCGGAGAAGUUGGGUUCUUGUGCGGCGUAGUGGGUGCAUUCAAAGCAAGGGUAUGACCGGUCUAAUUUAUAAGCUCUUAACUAUCACAUGUAAUUGAAUCCAUCGAAAUGAACUGAUAGGUUAUCUUGCUGUUGAAAUACCUGUUUUUGUUUUCUGGUACUCAUGCACUUGAAAGUUGCUCGGAUGAUAGCAAAAGCAGCUAAUUUGAAUUUGUAUUUAUUCCUCUAUUGCUCAGUAAAUGCAUUUACGGUAUUU